GGAGUACAGUACGCUGCUGUAGUCAACGAAGCUAGUCAAAUCAGCUCUGUUAUAUUUAAUAUAAGUGUAUGAUGUUUUGAAAUUUAUCAACAAUUAUUUGUUUAAGAAUAUUAAUACGAUGUUUGUGUAUAAAAUUUCUGUAAUAUGUGCGUUAUUAACAGUUUCUGAGAUUUGUCUGGGUAGACAACAAAAUUAUAGAACAAACACAGAUUUUUUGGCACAUGAAAUUGGCUCAACAGACUCUAAGAGAGAUUAUGUAGCUCCUAAACGGCCAGAUACUCACAGCAAUACUCAAACAAACCAACAACAAUUUACUUCAGAACAUCAAUCUUCAACUUUGCGUGCUACAACUACAUCGUUUACUCAGUCUAAUCUUGGUAACAAACCGCAGCAGCCAUCAGGGAAACGAGACUACGUAGCUCCUCUUGUUACACAAAAACCGCAAUCAACUUUUUUACCUCAUCAUUCGAAUGCAGGAAAAGUACAAGAUUUAAUCAAUUUUUACGACAACAAAAAUAAUAAUAAUAAUAAUAACAAUAAUAAUCAGAAUGUUCAUAGCUACAGCGCCGUUCUUCAAGGCAAUAACAACCGUGGCGGCACAAUAUCAAAUUUAGCAACUACGAAACCACCCCUCAACCCAUCAGUUCAAAAUAAUCCAAGUAAUUCGACACCAAAACCUUUAAGUUUCAGUGCCGUGGUAGCAGGUCCUAAUAAACAACCCUCUCCAGCAGUUAUUCCUACUAGACCAUCAACAAAAUCACCUUCUAAUUCGCAAUCUCAAACAACACGACCAGCUCAAACAACACGACCAGGAACUCCAGUUCUUCCAAGUUCACUAUUAAAUCAAAAUAGAAAAAACAAUAAUAAUAAUAAUAAUAACAAUCAGAACAACGCGAACGGUCCAACUGAUGCUGAAUUACAAACACUUAGUGAAGAAUUAUUGAGAAAAGACACAAAUAACGCAGCGAAAUACGUAACUAUAAAUUACCAAGAAAAAACCACGUCGCAAUCUAAAGUCGAUAACGCUGCCCUACCACUUCUCACGGUAGCACCUGAAGUAUGGAAUAUUUCAACUAUUCAAAAGUUCACACCGUUACUAGAUAACUAUGUGAGAGAUACAUUAGUUAACGAAUACGUAACGGCAAUGGAGAGAACCGAAGAAAAUAAUUUCAUGGACGCCGUAAUGUCUACCUCAGUUAUUCGGCAUUUAAUGAAUUUCUUGGCGAAUAAAGGUUAUGUAACACCCGACCCAAGGCAACAAAAGGAAUAUUUGAAGCAAAUGUGGUUCGGUUUAUAUUCUAGAGGAAAAGGAAAACUAAGUAGUUCGGGAUUUGAACACGUAUUUGUCUCUGAACUAAGAAAUUCAGAAGUUUUAGGUUUGCAUAACUGGAUUUAUUUUGCCAAAGAGGAGUCAGCAAAUCGCGUCAAUUAUUUGGGUUACUUAAAGUACACACAACUAGGUGACAAAGGGGCAGUAUUGAAGCUACAUUUCAAUCAGGAAGGUGCUGAUAAGCCCGUGGAUACAAUGUUUAUUGGUACAUCACCGGAAUUAGAAAUAGCCCUUUACACUCUCUGUUUUGUUACUCGCGCUGGUAAUGACUGUAACCUCAAGCUAGAAACCAAAGAUGUUGACAUUGUAACUCACACUUUCAGAUAUCGUAGUAAGAAUUAUAUUGGAAGUGCGUAUCCGCAAAUUUAAACAUAAUUUCGUAACUUAGACAACUAUUACGUUUUUCUUGUGACUGCCACUUGGCAUGCCAAGUAUAUUAAAACUAUUAUCGUGAUAAAAACAUGUUUAGUAAAUCGAUGUACAACCAAAAAAAGAAGUAACUAUUGUAAAAACUUCUUCACUUCUUCAAACAUUCUUCUA